UCACCAUGGAAGCGCUCAGUUUGCGACAUUUAUUCGCCAUUUUGCGCUUUCGGUGUGUGUGUGGGAUAACGUCCGUGCAAAUACCUCACAAGCUUUUAAACAUUUAACACUAUCGACACCACUUAAGACAGCCGAGGGCAUGCCUACGAUGAGACAACAGUAGUUGCACCAGAACGACAUGGAAAUUUGGAACACGUAAUGUUAGAUCGCCUCGUCGAGCGUCAAAUAAGCGGAGCAGCAGCAAAAAUGCGAGGCUGAAGCUGUAAAAACAAGACUCCAUCACCAACUGCUAAAAUGCAAGCACCACAUAAACAAGUAAGAAAAGAAGAGGGAUCUCAUUGUCCUCACCUGGUUGCAUCUGCUUCCUUGAACUGACUUGUUUGACAACACCUUGCAAUUCUCAAUAAUGAUACAAGGAUUAAUUUCCCAAGAGUUACAUGAGCAGCUCUUGGACUUUAAAAAUUACCAAAAUCGUACAAACGGGGUAGAAAAACUUAAACAAAUUCUGUCAGAGGUGGACAUACAGUCUAUUCCAUCUGACAGUAUUGAAGAAUUUAUACAUUUCAUUUCUCGCCUUCUGGAUGAUAGUAAUUUUAAAGUUUUGUACGGCACCCUACAAGUUUUGAGUUUACUCAUUCAGCGGCUAGAUAAUAGACUAGACAAACACUUUCAACAAAUUAUUGAUGUGGCUCUCAAAGCUCUUGGGGACACCCGUACCAUCACCAGGAAUGAAUAUAUGAAUGUGUUUCGGCAGCUGAUGAAAGCGAUAGCACCACAGCAAAUAUUGGAUCUAGUUAUAGGCAACUUGAAACACAAAAAUUCAAGGAUCCGAGAAGACAUCCUUAACAUCAUCAUAGCUGCUUUGCUCACUUAUCCAAGAAAGAAUUUUAACAUUCCUAAGCUUUGUCAUGAGGUCGCCCCAUAUCUUGCUGAUGGUAAAAGAAAGGUGCGACUUGCUGCAUUGGAGCUUUUUGCUGUUUUUGACCAUUGCCUUGACACAGGGAAGAAACAGCCCUUAAUAAAAGCUGUUGACAUGGUUGAGCUUAACGAGGAAGCUGAGGGUCUCAUGGCAGCCGUACAAGCAAGAAGAGCCAGGCGCAUUCUCCCUAAACUCUCCCCAGAGGGUAUUGUGGAGUAUGCAUUGAUAGUGCCCAAACCAGGACAACGGAGCUCAGGGCAGACAGGAGCUGAUUUGGACUGGGUGAUGAACGGUGGGAGGAUAAGCAGCGCAAGGAGUACCAGGACCGAACCAGACUGCGACAGAUUACAUGGCUACAGCAGUCUUGGUUCAGACGACAUGCCUCUUCAAAGGAGGAUCGUGAGCGCAGAUAAAGGAAAGAACAAACUGCCCUGGGAGAUGUUUACUUUGCCAUCCACCGAGAGUAACCAGCAAUGCAAUACACCUGAUGGAAAGGUUACCAAUGAAGACUUUCUCCCUUUCUCAAGAAAACUAAGCCCAGACACCUACAUACCCAGUUUCAGCUCAGCAGAACCUCCAAGGCUCCAAUCAUCGAGAAGGAAUGAGUCACCUGCACGUCUCAAAAGGAGUGGUAGCCUUAACCUUGACCAGGACAUAUUCAAGACCACAAACCUCUCUGAAGUAGAUUCAACCACGGGAAAUUUGCUUUCAAGAAACCCUAGCGUUGAACGUACAUUUUCUCUGCCGGCCAAGUCUUCCUCUACUGGCUCAUUUCUACUGCCUUCCUAUCCACUGGCCUCACUUCCAGGCAGCGUCCCCACUCCAACUUUCCCCCGUCGCCACGUAGACUCCUCUCUCUCCAUGUCUAAUACUUGGCCAAACAAAAGAGACACUAGUCCUCACCAGCGAGAUCCUAGUCCCUGGAGAGAUCUAUCAAGCACUACAAAAGAUGGAAAAGAAAGUCGGUGCUCUCCCAGGCCUCCUCGUGCCUCACUUGCUAGUUCUUCGACAUCGUCAUUUCGAAGAGCACUUAAUAGUACGAGAACAAACAGCUCUGCGUCCCCAGUUAUCCCUCACGGAGAACAGAAUGAGCAUUUAGAAAUGAGAGAUUUUAGUGCAGAUCCUGGGAAUAGCAGCAUGGACCAGAACCUUGAAGACGAGGACCCCUUGGACAUGCAGGAGAUGCUGAAUUCACUGCGCUCCUUGCGAAACAGUGCUGCCAAGAAAAGGGCCAAAGUGACCCUUAGUAACUCAGACCUGGAUCCAGACAGUCCGGAUUCAGCUGUGAGGUUAGACCUGGGUCUAGAUUCACCAUCACGUACUCCACCAAUGCUUACAAGCUCAGCAAGUGAAAGUGGGCUCUCCAGCCUUGCCUCUGCUUUCAACUGCAGCCUUAAUGGAAUUAAAACUAGCCCAAGAAAUUCUUCCUACUUUGGAGUGAAGUCUCGCUUUACAAGCGUGUCUUCUGCACCACUGAGGUCCUCAGUGUCCAUGGACUUCAGCAGCCUCCAAGGAUUGGCUCAGAGGAAUGAGUGGUCAUCUGAUGUGGGUGUUGUUGGGCACUCCUUGUCAUACACAAAUGGAACAACUAAAGCUGAGAAUGAGAACAGAGAAGCUUCACCUCAAAUGGUCAAACCCACUCCACGGGAAUCAGUCCGAGGACUGAAAGGUGCCAAAGGCUCUCACAGCCAGAGUAGCAAGAAUUCAUCAGGUAUCGAUAUGCUUGAAGGGGUCGUUGGAAGAGGAAUAAACAGCCAUACAAACAUAACUAGCAUGCAGACCGAAAGUGAUGAGAGCCCACGCUCAGAUGGGGGCAAGGAAAAUGUAAGAGCUGUACUUUUAAGCAGGGAUAAAAUAUGGCAGCAGCACACAAACGUGUCUGAUGAGCUAAGUCAUGGAGAGCAGACACGAGAAAGGAUUCGCCAUCGUGUCCAGCAGAUGCUGUCAGAUUCACCCACAGAUCUCCAUUUAAAUGGCAGCACCCUGAGCUCUACCAAAGCUAAUAUUUUUCCAAAUGAGCCCCUCAUCUCUCCGAGAACUCCUGUCAGCCCAUCAGAAGCCCAGACCCCCGUUAAGGGCUUCACUCCUUCACACCAGCCUAGUCCUCCUGCAGUGCCCCCAAACCCCAAAAGUGUGUGCCGUCUGAGGCGGACAGCUAGCCUUGGCAGGACACGGGCUUCACAGUCUCACUGCUCAGAUGAGGCUAUCUCUGGUUCUCUGGGCCACAAAAACAAUUUCUCAGAAGCUGCUGAAAUAUGUCCACUUUCCAAGCCUGAACUAGCACUGACCCAGAGCUUCAACCUUCUGAGCUCAGAUGACUGGGAGAAGAAGAUAGAAGGAUUAACUUUUCUGAGGAGCUUGGCAAACUACCACUCUGACACACUCCAAAGCAGGCUUCAUGAUGUGUGCCUUUUACUCACUCAAGAGGUUAAAAACCUGCGCUCGGGUGUGUCGAGGGCUGCUGUGUGCACACUUGGCGACUUCUUUAGUCAUCUGCAGAAAGCCAUGGACCAAGAGCUAGAGGGGACAGUUAAAUCCUUACUGCACAAAGCUGGAGAGACCAAUGCCUUUAUUAGACAGGAUGUGGAUGCAGCUUUAGACUGCAUGGUGCAGCACUGCACUCCAACGCGGAGUAUUCAUGCUUUACUAACUGGAGGCCUUGGUCAUCUCAAUGCUCUUGUGAGGAGGUGCACUGCCCUACAUUUAGCUAAUCUGGUGGACAAGGUUGGUGCUGCCCGUCUUCUGUCUGGAGGAAGAGAACUUACAGACAGGAUCUUGCUAGCCAUUUCAAAACUGUCACAAGACUCCUCUCAAGAAGCCAGGUAUUUUGGUCGACGCAUGCUGCUCUCUCUGUCAUCACAUCCCGACUUUGAUAAGAUUCUUGAGAAAUAUGUUCCCACCAAAGAUCUACCAACUAUUCGAGUCACUGUCCUAACUUUAAAGACAAAGGGUCUUGGUGACAUGCCCUCGGACAGCCAGUCAGCCAGAGGCAGGCGUUCUUUGUCAGGCUGCAGAACAGUCAGAGCAUCAUCUCUCAACAGAGAACCUCUCAAUCAAACCACAAGAGAAUCAAAUACUCUCAACUGCAGAACUGCACAGAAUAUAGCUGUUAAGACUGAAUAUGUGAAGCAGAUGUCAAGUCUGCUGGGGUCAAAGGACUUCCGAGAGAGGAUCAAGGGAAUCGACCAGCUAGUGAUAGACUGCCAGAACAAUCCCAAUAUGGUGAUCAACAGUAUAAUCCCAGUUUUUGAUGUCUUUAGGUCUCGGUUGCAGGAAUCAAACAGUAAGGUCAACCUUUAUGCACUAGAGUCCCUGCAGAAAAUUAUCCCUUUGUUGAAGGACAACUUAUCUCAAGUGGUUAACAUCCUUGUCCCAGCCAUCGUGGACAAUCACCUCAAUUCUAAGAAUAAUGCUGUUUACAUUGCUGCUAUUGGAGCUCUAAAUGCACUAAUAUUAAAUCUUGAUAAUGUACUUCUUCUUCAGCUUUUUUGUACCAAGGCUCAAUUUUUAAGUGGCAAAGCAAAAGUUGAUCUUAUUGAGAAGGUUGCAGAGAUUGUGAGUGAACUUUACCCUCGCAAACCCAGCAUGGUGGAGCAGAAAGUGUUGCCAUUACUGUGGCAUCUUCUGGGAACAUCAUCUCACAGCGGCACAGAUCAUGGGCGAGGCAGCAGCGUGAGGGGUGCAACAGUCAACCUGUGCCAAGCCCUUUAUACCCAGAUGGGACACAGCUUGAGUGACUGCGCUGCCUCUCAACCGACCAAUGUCCACAAAAGUUUUAACGAGGUACUUCGGACAAUAAACUAAACGGAAAUUCAAAUAGUUUGAAGAUUACUUGAAUUUUUUCCUAGUGCCUGCACUUUUAUAUCAAUAAAGAUAAAAUCCUUUAACAUUAGGAGCUCUUAUUCUUAUCUCAGUGAGAUUUCCUCUGGUACAAAACCUGAGAACACCAGGUUUCAUGUAGACAAAAUGCUCUCUUUGCACUUUUAAAUAUGAACUCAUGCAUGUUAAACAAUAUAGAUUUUGUCAUUGCUUUUUCAGAUUCUAAUCAUGUACUGUAGAAAAGAUUAAGACUAACAGAAUGUACCAAUGAAAUGCACAAAAAGUAAACGGUUCAAGACAGGGACAUGAGAGUUGUAUAUUUUUGCUGUAUCAUUAAAUGUGAUGUAAUUUUGAUGUUUUAUCAAAUAUUUUAUCAUCACUUUUGAUCUUAUAUUGAUGUUUUGUGAAAUAACAAAUUCUAUAAUUGUGUACUGCUCAGAUAUAUAUUUGCACAGUAUUAACGUCAUAUUCAUGUAUGCCGUAUAAUGAAACAGUAUCAAAUGCGUCUGUUGUGUUGUAAUCAUGCUCUGUACUGUCUGGCCUUUUAUGUAUGACCAGAAUUUAUUUCCAGAAUUUAUUUCUCCUUUGAUGGUUCAAAUGAGUUGAACCAGGGAAAGGGGAAGGGUUCAGAUAUGACCCUGACAA